AAGGGAUAUAAGCGGCCGCAUAUCAUUGACGCCCGCAAUGACUACAUCGAUAAGGAAUUGGUGACAUUCAUCCUCAUCCGUAAGAAUCGUAUAGUUGAGGAAGGACAUGAACAUGAGUUUAUAAAGACGGUGAAGGAAUAGAAUAACUGUAUUCAGAGAUGGAUUAGAGAAUACAAAAGGAUAAUACACCAAGUCAUAAGAUGUCUUGGUUGUCAACGCUAUGAGGAGAGCGCGGGGUCUACGCAGUCGUGGAGAAAAGUGUGUACCUAAUGCGAUGCACUGCGAUGAUGUGGUCAUUUCUGUUACCGACAGCAGACGAUUACGGAUAGCUUGGCUUGGCUUGUAUGAGGGGAUGAUGCGAUGCAUUUGUGUAUAGUGCUUAGUACAUGAUGUAUUGCAGGAAUGAAGAAAGACAGUGAAUGUUGUCAGCAAUGCAUUCGUUGCAGUCCCCUAAACCGUUCGUACGUUCCCAUCACCGCCAUGAAUACGGUCAUGUUCCGAACUGGCGUCCUUCGAAAAAUCUACAUUCUGUUCAUCAUCCUCGCCACGGUCUUGCUUUUUUACUUCGUCCGACCACUCCAGGAUACCUACAUCAGCAGCGUGAAAGAUGGCGAUAUGCUAGGAAAGAAAGAUGGAAUGGACUAUGAUGAUCAGGCGGAGUCCGGGAUUCUUCACGUAAUCAUCAGUUAUCUCCGUUCUCUUAUAGGCCUUGGAUUGGAGGGCAGUAGUGGCAUAUCCAAAACAAAGAUUGUAUACGACUCUCACGCCCGACGCUUGGUGGACAACCUAGAAAUGCGAAUCUUUCAGAAUAAAACAAAUUCUAGUGAAGUGACUGGUAUCAAGCCACCAAAGAAAACUGGCAUCAACAGUCUGUCAUAUCAUGAAACAAACAUAACAGAUGGCAGUCGGUCUCAAUGUAUUCCUGGAAAAACGCGAGAUAGAAUGCUCAAUCUCUUUGGGAACAGAUACGAUGUCAACAUUCAUCCCUUUAUUGGAGCGGAAACGGAAGUAUCAAGUCUUGUAUCACUUCCACCACCGUUUGGGUUUAAAAAAUUAGAGAGUGUGUUAAAGAAAGCUGUAUCUGUCAUCAAUAAGUCAGACUUCUCCGAAAUUACGAGUAAAUCAUGUAGUCGUUGUGUCGUAGUCGGAAACGGAGGCGUCAUGAAAGAUUCUUCAAUGGGUGCCAUCAUUGACGAUUUCGACGUCGUCAUAAGGCUGAAUGAUGCUCCUACAAUAACGUAUGAGAAGGAUGUUGGUUCAAAGACGACAAUCCGCAUGGCUUACCCAGAAAGUAGCUUUCAGUCGGCGAUUCCUUACAAAGGUCACUGGCUCUACGUCAUUGUUAUCUUUAAACAAACCGACCUGGAAUGGAUAUCGAAUGUAGCUGCUGGAAAGAAAGUGCCAUCAUCUUUGCGCUUUUGGAAGUCGGUAGCUCGAUCCGUGCCCAAACCUGCCGAUGAAUUCCGUAUCUUCAAUCCGCAUAUCAUUCAAGAGACGGCAGAACUUGUCGGCAUGAAAAUUGGCAAUGGUAAAGUCGGAAAAAACGUGCCAACGACUGGAAGUUUUGCGAUCUCCAUGGCAACACGGUUGUGUGAUGAAGUCAGCGUAGCUGGGUUUGGAUAUGAUGAAAGUAAACCACUUCACUACUAUGAUAAACAACAGAUAAAGGUCGUGAAAAAUUCUUGGACUCACAACAUCAAUAUAGAGAAAAAAUGGCUGCUAAAAUUGGUUCAACAAGGUAUCGUACAUGACUUGACAGGUGGAAUCAAAUAACAUUGUAGACAAUAAAAUCCCGACGAGCUAUCAUGGUCAUGAUUUGGGCCAUGAGGCACUGUGGUCAACUUGGAUUGUAGAAUAAAAUUUAUAGGAUGGGCAGUGUCAGCAUUUGCAUUUUUCACUUUUCACAACUUUUGUAAAGAUUAUUUUUCUAUCGAAAUGGGCAAGAAGGAUAAUCGCAAAUAUUAUAUUUUGAAAUAUCCACUAGCAAAACUCGACAACAUGUAAAUUCAGCUGUGCCUGAAAAGCCUGAUGCGGUAUUAUAUAAUACUUUAUAUCAUCACGUGAUUUGGAGUUGACCUCAAGGUGCAUAUUUGUACCGAUAUUCCUUUUUUUUUCCGAAUCCUGAUGAGACGAUCAUUCCGACAAGUAGCGAGUAUCAGGACUGGCGAGUACCAAUCCAUCAAUUAAGAUCUUCUACCCUUCGUGCCUAUAUCAUGUACUUAUAAGAGGGAAAAACAUUUUUCUUCAAGAGUUUUCAGGAUCAAAGAGUGAUUAACAAAGACAGGAAUAAUUCUCAAUUGAAUGAGAUGAAAAGAGGCUGCUUCAUUUGAGAACUGUGAAUUUACAAUUUCACAUUCAUCCUAUCAGUGAGCAUAUGCAUACAACUUAGAGGCAUUUGAUAAUAUCAAAAAGAGGCUGUUUGUAUUGUGAUUGCCAUUCUGAAGAUCAGUGGAACAGAUUGAGGCAGUGCAAUCAAGCUCUACGGGUUAUCCCACCGCUUGACCUACAUCUUUAUCGGGUGCUUGUAUUUAAAUUAUUAUGAGAAGGUAUGAUUGAUGUUGUUUUAAAAUAGGUGUUAAUUGUAUUUAUUUAUUAAAUAUGCCUGAAUUGAAGAUGUAUACACUGGUAAAUUGAGUUCUUCAACGAUCUGAUCGUUUGAGGGGUUCCUCAGCACCUUGCAUAAUAAUAAAAGAUCUUGAUUAAUCGUAUUUAAAUAAUUAUGUCCAUUUUCGGCAUGAGUUGGAAUAUUUCUCUCUUUCUCCUCUUCAAGGUGUUUGAGUUAUGGGCAUAUUCAAGGUACUUUUUUACGUACG